UAACUUCAACAUCACUUCAUCAAUAUCCACCUUAAACACACAAGAAAAAGAAGCGCACACACAAAAAAAGAAAAGAAAAGAAGAAGAAAUCAAACUACACUAGUACUCAAUCAAUCUCAAUUUAUUAUUCCUUCAAGAUUCAACCAAUGGUGAAGACAGAGCAAAAGAGUUUAGCAGAGCCAAACAAGACAUUAAUGCCAUUAUCAUCAUCAAGCAGCAAUAAUAAUAACAACAACAUGAAGAUGAAGAAGAAUAAGUACAAAGGAGUAAGAAUGAGAAGCUGGGGAUCAUGGGUAUCAGAAAUAAGAGCACCAAAUCAGAAAACAAGAAUUUGGUUAGGUUCUUAUUCUACCCCUGAAGCUGCUGCUAGAGCUUAUGAUGCUGCACUUUUAUGCCUUAAAGGCCCCUCAGCUUCUCCUAAUCUCAACUUCCCUUUUGACUCAUCUUUCUAUCACCACAUUGAUCAUCACACUACACUAUCUCCUAAAGCCAUCCAAAGAGUGGCCGCGGCUGCCGCAGCCACAGCUGAAGGUGGUGGAAAUGAACAAAAUAUAGAGUUAGUACUCUCAUCAUCAAAUAAUGAUAGUACUAAUCCUAUUUUAUCAUCUCCAUCUCCGCCACCUUCUUCUUCUUCUACUUCUUCCGAGGAGGAGGUUUGUUUAUUACCAAAUUAUACUACUACAACAUUUGAUCAAGAGAUAUCAAUGCUUGAGCAAUGGUACAACUUUGAUUCACCAAAGUACAAUGACAUGCUACAUGGUACUAUUUUCUUUGAUCCACCUUCAAUGGAGGAUGUUUAUUAUGAAGAAUCAUCUGCAGAUAUCCCUUUAUGGAGUUUUUGCUGAUCAUCAACACAAAACAAGAUCUCAGUUGAAUUAUUAACCAUAUAUUUGUUAAUUAUUUUUUGAAAAAAAAAAAGAACAUUUUUUUUAAAGGUGAUGUCAAGUUAAUUUUUUCUUGAACAACAUCACUUACAUAGGCUAAUUUUUAUUUACAUUUAUUAUAUUAUUAUUAUUAGGUAAGAAGGGAAAAAAAAAAUAGGGACAAUACAGAGAGAGGAAUCAUAUUUUCUGGACUCUCCCAUGUGAGUUCCUAGAAAAUUCUUGUUAUAGAUAUAUUCUUUUAUAGAAGUGUGUCAUAUGCUGUAGCAUUUAUUGUUACUCAAACUGGAAUAAAAAAUUGGUGGGAAAAUAUUUAUUUUAUUUA